CGCUGACCGUCUCCAUUCGCGCAUGCGCUCUGCGGGCAUCACAGUGCGAUGAAGAGAGUGCAGUGCAAAAGUAGCGCAAGAGAUGAAGACUCCCCCGGACAGGUCAGGAAUCACCUUUGAGGUUGGAGCUCAGCUAGAAGCCCGAGACCGCCACAAGAACUGGUACGCAGCUACGAUUGAGAAAAUUGACUACGACAAAGAGCGCAUCCAGGUCCAUUACCGCCAGUGGAGCCGGCGACACAACGAAUGGUUUCAUUGGACCUCACCGUACCUGCGGCCGCUGGAGCGAGUCAGCCUGAGGAAGCAGGGCCUGAAUCCACCACACUCACAUCCAAUGUUCGUUUCCGGUACGAAGGUUUUGGCCUGUUGGACAGACUGUCGUUUCUACCCGGCCAAAAUCCUCAGAGUCAACAAGGACGACUCCUACAAAGUGCGCUUCUACGACGGCGUGGUUCUGACUGUGAAGCCCACUAAGGUCAAACCAUUCCAGGAAAAGUCCAGAUCUGAGAAGAGUGCGGUGGGAAGCGAGGGAUGGGAGGAAGGUGAGAGUGAGGAGGAGGAGGAGGAGGAGGAGGAGGAUGGUGGAGAGAGAGAGGAGGAGAGGAAGGAGGAAGAAAUGGAGAACGUGACAUCAGAGGAGAAGGAAGGAGCUGAGGAGGAGGAGAGGAAGAGGAAAGCAGAACCUUCAUCCUCCCAUCCACCAGCAAAGAAGAAAGCAGAUGACGGUAGAAGCGGUGGAGCUCAGAAUCAGCCAAUCACAGCCGACUCCACCCAGCCCGCUCCUCCUGACCCCGCCUCCAUCGACAAAGACGUCCUGUUGGAGCGCCAGGCCCACCUGCCCACCACUCACAAAUUCAGCAGAGAGCCACUGUACAGGGUGAUAAAGAACCAGCCACCUCCCAUUCUCUCCAUUGAGUUGGACCACAACCCCUUCAAGUGUCCCGCAGCCGGCUGCACCAAGUCGUUCAGGAAGGCGAGUCUGCUGCACUACCACAUCAAGUACUACCACUCCGACCAGCAGCUGGACGAACAGCUGGACGAACAGCUGGAGGCACCGAGGAGGAAGCGGUCAUCUUCUCAGGGCGGCGACUUCAUGUCGGAGAGGAAGAGUGAGGACCAGAACAGCCCCUGUCACCGUGACAACAGAGAGCUCAUGGGAACAGAAGUGAAGAAUGAAGGAGAGGGGGAGAAAACGGGAGAACGGGACAGAAAGGAGAGAAAGAACUUCCUGAGAGUCAAACUAAAGAAGAAGAAAAAGAAGAAAAAGAAGAAGAAAAGUCAGUCAGGACUUUGCAGCAGUGAUGAUGAGAACUCAGACCGACCUCAGAUCAGUGUGAAGCUCUCCCCUGAACACGAAAACACACACACGCAAGCUGACGACGGCAGCGACUGGUCGACGCUAACAGCAGAGAGCGGGGAGGACACGUCGUCUUGGCCUGUUGCUAUGGAAACAGAGGAGUGUGAGGUGGUGAGGUGUGUGUGCGAGGUGGACGAGGAGAACGACUUCAUGAUCCAGUGUGAGUCGUGUCUGUGUUGGCAGCAUGGCACCUGUAUGGGCUUAUAUGAAGACAACGUCCCGCACAACUACACCUGCUACUAUUGCAGACACACUGCAGGGUGGCGGCGGGCUCAGCGCUUCCUGUCAGAACCUGACUUGCUGAUAUCUGGCCACAUGUUCGGCCUGUCGUGCGUGAAGGAGAACUACUCGGAGGUCAACGCCUCUAAGAUCUCACACACCAGCAGUCUGCUGGCACACACACAUGGCCUCAGUCAGGUCGUCAGUGGGCUGCAGCUCAAAGUCAGCCUGUUACACUCUCCGUCCCACCCUGACCUGCAGCUGUGGAAGUUGCCAUGGAGACGAGAGGAGGGGUCGAGGUUGACGUCCAGCCCGAGAGGAGAGACCCCCGUCUGUUACGUCAGCAGCGAGCACUGCUACCAGAAGCCCGGAGCAUCAUGGGAAAAAGCAGAGGAGAGAGAAAUGGAAAGGCAGGAGCAGGACGCUGAGCAGAAGGAAAUAAAGCCUGAAGAUGUCGACAAGAAACCAGCUGAUGCAAACACUGUGAUGCACACAGACACACCCAGCAUAAAAAGAGAGAGUCACACACACACUCGGACACACACAGGGGAGCCUCGUCCCGCGUCGGAGGCCGAGUGUCAGCUGAACCUGCUGGAGCACGUCGAGACUCUUCACCAUCAGAUCAGCGCCAGGAUGGACCUGAUAGAGCGAGAGCUGGACGUGUUAGAGUCCUGGCUGGACCACUCCGGAGAACUUGAGCCUCCGGACCCUUUGUCCCGCCUCCCGCAGCUCAAACAGCGAAUCAGGCGGCUCCUGCGUGACCUGUGCACUGUGAGACACCUGUCGGUCUGGCGCUGACACUUUCCACUCCCUAAACUCUGACCCCUAACCUGUGACCCUGCAAGUCGCUGCUAGCCAAUAGGAGCAGACAGACAGACUGACGGGGCUGGCACACGACUAGACAGACUUGUGGAGAGCGAGUCGACACUCUGGGGAGAAAACUGUGGUUUGUUUCCACACAGUCACUGGACAGCAGCGCCGCCUCUGGUGGAGAAAAGAUGCACUACAACACAUCGAGGAUGACGACGUUUUUGGUUGUGACUGAACAGGUGAUUCUCUUUUGUUAAAUUUCUCAAAGGUACCAGAACAUUUCCCAAAAUGCUCCGGCAGAACUCUGUAUGUUCAACCACAUGCUCAUGGCAGGUUUGAUUAUUGAUUGAUUUAGAUCAGCCGGGACACAAUGACUUUUAUUUGUUUGGAUGGCUCAUUGAACUUAACUGCAUGUGUUGUCAUUAGCAUCGGACAAAGUUUACAGUUUAGUGUUAGCAUACGUCAUUUUCUAGCAGCCAUCCAAGCUGACAAACUGUGACGACAUCAAAAUGUGACAAAGCUCACAAACACAUCUAAAGGAUUUGGAUAGAUCUUUGAAGACAUGAGGAUUUUGUCAAAAGAUUCCCGCAGUAAUGCUUUCAAGGCAGAGACUUGGUAAUUGUACUGGAUACAUUUUUUAUCACAAAAAGAAAGAAAGUGAAAACAUUAUUUUUAAGGUUCUGGUCACAACAGAAAAAUCCAUUUGUGCGCGAUCGCAAAAUAUUUGCUUCAAAGAGCUUGGUGACCACUAACACGCUGCCAUUUCCUCUGCACGCAUCAUGUCAUUGAAAAGAGAAUUGAAAAUAAAACAAACAAUCUAAGGUAGAAUAAGACGAGUAUAUAAUACAAGAAUAAAAAUUGCAGUGCAAGAAACAAAUAAUUAUUUAAUUUAAUAAAAGGCAGCAAACUGAAAGAUAUUCACACUUGAUUUAACAGAACUGAGAGUUAGCUUGGUCGCUAAAAAAGGUUAGCAUUUUUAAUUUAAAAGACACAUUUGUACGCCGCUGUGGAGCAGAUUAUACACCGACAACCACACCUGGAGCUAAUAAGCUACGUGAGCUUUUUUUAUUGUGACUCUCCGUUCCCACAAAGCUCAGCUCUGUCAGCACGACUUGCUAUUGGUCAAACGUGUCUUAUGUUCGCCAAAGUUAAACUUGCAGUGAAAAUCUUUAGCCGAUUUACGCGGCGAUUCCUUUGAAAUGAAUGGAUUUUGCAGCAAAAUGUCACCGUUUUGAAACGCUGGUGUGACCGGGCCGUUAUUUAGGACAAACUUUAAAGCUGAAAUCCAUAAAGUAUCCAAGUGCGUAUUUCUGAUUUUGGACUAAACUGUCCCUUUUUAAUCUCAAUACACCGUACCAUACAGAUGGCUGUACAGAUGAUUUAUAAAAGACGUUAUGGGUUCAGAGUUCUGACUUUGCCUCAAGGUUACAAGCUCAGUUCAGUACUUCCUUUAUUUUAUUUCCCUUUUUUCUCCCUCUGGAAUUAGUUUUUCAGGUGUUAGGUGAAUUUUUCUAGAUUUAUAUCGGUGCUUUCAAUUUGUUUCUGCUAAAUGUCUUUCUGACUUUACGAAGAAAUGCAUUCUUAAAAGCAAUGUUUUAAUGAGCAUGGACGUUCAUUCUUGACAUUUGGGAACUGUAUAUGUAACAAGAUAAUUUCCGCUCACUGGUUCAUUUAGUGAUUUUUUUAGCUUUCAGCUGCAUCUCUCUUGUCAUAUGUGAGUUAUAUUUUUUUUAGUUCAAUCUAAACUCUCAUAUUCAUCUCUGUAUGUAGAAAGAAUUCAUCACAGAUGAAGAGUAUUGUUAGUAUUUCUUAUGAGGCCAGUCUAAUAAACUGUUUUCUGUCUAAUUAACCAGCAAAACGUUCCUCUGUUGUGACAAAAAAACUAAUUGUAAGUGUAAAUAUGUCAAGGUGAAUGUUUUAUACACUUGUAUAAGAAGCUAAUUGUAUAAAGCUGUAGAUUUAUUUUCAUAGAAAGGUUGGUUAUGAGUCAGGUUGGUUAACUCUGAUGUGUUUGAAGAACGCAGAGCUUCUUGUUGCUUCUCUUUAAUUAUUGUGAAACUUAAUUUGUUUCAGUUUUGAUGCUAUUUUAUUUUACAGUUCAGUUCAUGAUGCGUUCAGGCGGGCCUCGACAACUCGGACAAAUCAGUUCUGAGUUCAUCCCCAGAUCUGUUUUUUUUUGCCUACAGUGACGUCUUGUUCAAGGCAAGUUUAUUUAUAUAGAAGAUUUCAAACAAGGCAAUUCAAAGUGCUUUACAGAAACAUUCAAAACAUUAGGACAUGCAAAAGAGACGCAUUAUAAUAAAAUGACAUUUAAAUGCAUUUUAAAAACAGUCAUUAAAGAACCAAGAGAACAGAAAUUAAAAACAAGCUAAAAUAGAAUAAGACUGGUAUAAACUACAAGAUAAGGAAACAGUGAUGUGUAAGAUAUGAAUACGUAUUUGAUUUAAUGAAAAGCAGCAACAAACAGAAAAGUCUUCAGCCUUGAUUUUCUUUUAAGUUGCGAGUUGCAGCUCACCUGCAGUUAUCAUAUAACGCAUCCACCUGAACGCAAACACAUGAUUUUCCGAGGUGAUGAGGACGCGCCUGAAGGCAACACAAGUUCACGCACAUUAAGCUGCAAAGACAAAAGUCAAUGUUUUAUUUUGUAUUCUUGUUUAAAGCAUGAAGAUAACAUUUCUGAUGAAUUCUAACUUUGAAUAAAAUGAUCAAGUUCCCAUCUGU